AUGCACUGGCCAAGCUUAUUAGCCUUUCUGGCUCUACCUUUAGCAGGUAGUACUGCCCAAGUUAAACAGGGUGGUAUCGGUGCCUGUGACCCUAAGCUCGAGCCUAGGCCCGGAUUUGACAUUGAGUUCUUCAGUCUUCCUAUCACGGGAAAUACCGUGGGUCAAUGCUACGACUCUGCGUAUAACACUCAAAACUACUUGCACGGAGGAUAUCGUACCCACUCAUACGGUCAACAAGCGCAAACAAGUAAUGUAACGGAUCUCUCCUGGACCUUCAGCAAAGUAGGAGCGGCAUGUGCCGUCACUCGCAGAAAAAUGCCUGCUAAUUACAAAAUGGAUCAGGCAAUUACUGUCACCAAUUUCUCCAUGCUAGCUACCGGUUAUUUCACAGCCCUGCAAACAGGAACCUACAAGUUCAAUCUUCGUUAUGUGGAUGAUACUGCGUGGGUCAACAUAGGUGCCGGCAAUGCUUACAACUGUUGCACGAAAGGAGCCUCUCAGGAUAACCCUGGCCCAUUCACAUUACAAACGACUUGGCCUGACACAUCGAGUAGUAUCAGCGUCGACCUGAUUGCAGGAUACUCAUACCCUCUUAGAUUGUUCUUUGCACAAAGAAACGGUGACGGUGGACUGAAGUUCACUUUCACUGACCCUUCAGGUGUUGAGCACACGGAUUGGACCUCAUGGAUUUUUAACUACGACGAUGGUUCAUCGUGCGACAUCGAGCCCAAGCAAGAGACAACGAUUUGGACCGGAAGCAAAACUCAAACGACUACAGUUGUUUCUGUUUACACCGAUAGUCAGGGACAGAAUACCACCAACAACGUAGUAGUCGUAAAUUACCCCACCACUUACAACGCUUCUUCAACUUAUAACACGCCAUACUCUGGAAGUUCAACAACGACUUACUCCACAAAAAGGUAUACCACUACCGGAACGGACGGAUACCGUACAGUCGAGACGAUCUAUUAUGUGCAGACUCCAUCAAAGGUCGCUACCACAUACACUACAUGGACUGGUAAGUUCACUUCGACGUACUCAACCGGCAAGACCAUUGUGACCGGAUCCGACGGUAUUCCAACCACCGAGACAAUCUACUACGUGGAAACCCCACCAAAGUUCGCCACCACAUACACUCCAUGGACUGGAUCUUACACUUCGACUUUCUCGACCGGUGAGACCACCUUCACUGGAUCUGACGGUAUUCCAACCACCGAGACGAUCUACUUCGUGGAGACCCCAUCAAAGUCUGCUACCACAUUCACUCCAUGGACUGGAUCAUUCACGUCGACGUACUCAACUGGCGAGACCACCGUGACGGGAUCCGAUGGUAUUCCAACGACCGCGACGCUGUACUACGUGGAAACUCCUAUACCGAAUCCGAAUAAUGACAAACUCAUAGAAGGCAGUAAUCCCUGCUCCCCCGACUCGAAUAGCGCCAGCUUGACAGGGUUUAGGGCCCGGUUUUUUCCAUUUAUCUACAAGAAGACGCCUACCUCAGUGCAAUAUAUGGUGAAUGGUUAUAACAAUACUCAUAACCUAUUACAUGAAAGCUCCGGAAUCACAAAGCCUAACUUCAAGUUCCAAAGUCAAGGACAGCAAGUUGGCAGUGUAACAUACGGUUAUGUUUAUGACUACUACACUACCAUAACGAACUUCACAUUGGAGCUCACUGGUUAUUUUUCGCCUCCAACCACAGGUAUCUACAAAUUCCAAUUUCAGAACACUGACGACAGUGCUAUUGCAUUCAUCGGUAACGCAGCCGCAUUCCACUGUUGUGACGGCAAUGACUAUAACGCUACUGAGUCCGACAUCACACUCAAUGCUUACAAUCAAUGGUCUACAAAAAAACGUUCAGUAGCAUACGGUAAAUUGUACGCUGGGGUUUACUACCCUAUUCGAGUUGUGUACUACAAUAUCGGGAAUUACGGUGUUUUAGACUUCACUUGGACUGACCCUCAAGGAGUGGCUCAUAGCGAUUUUUCGAAUGUUGUUAAAUACUUCGAUGAUCAAGCACAGCAGUGUCCUUAUAACUCGACUUCAAAGGCCUCCACCACAUACACUCCAUGGACUGGCUCUUUCACCGUGUACACCCCAUGGACAGGCUCUUUCACUUCGACCUUCUCGACCGGUGAGACCACCGUGACUGGAUCCGACGGUAUUCCAACUGGUAAGACGAUCUACUACGUUGAGACCCCAGCUGGUAACAGCAGCUCGACUGUGUACACCCCAUGGACUGGCUCUUUCACUUCGACCUACUCAACUGGCGAAACCACCGUGACUGGAUCCGACGGUAUUCCAACUGGUAAGACAAUCUACUACGUUGAGACCCCAGCUGGUAACAGC